ACUUAGCUUUCCUUAAUGCAUCCAAGGUAAGGAACCGAAACCCACAAGACCAAAGUGUGGUGGACAGCCAGAAAGGCUCGAUCUUGCAUCCAUAUUCCAGCAUCUCUCUCCAAUCUCUCCAUCACUGUACUAAACCUUUUGCUCUUUUCAAUCUCCACCGCAAAUCUCCCUCGGCAUCCUAAAUCCUAAGCCCUAAAACAUUUCUUGGGGUCCAUAGUUUCCUCGAAAACGAUAUAGUCAUGGCGCUAAGCAACAACGUGAUCGGGGCGAUAAACUUCGUGGCCGUCCUCCUGUCGAUCCCGGUCAUCGGGGCGGGGAUCUGGUUGUCCACGGAGGCCGACAACUCGUGCGUAAAGAUCUUGCAGUGGCCGGUCAUCAUCAUCGGGGUCCUGAUCCUGGUGGUGUCGCUCGCCGGCUUCAUCGGAGGGGUGUGGAGGAUCCAGUGGCUCCUGAUAUUCUACCUUGUGGCCAUGCUGGUCAUGAUCGUGCUGCUCACCUGCCUGGUGGUGUUCGUGUACAUGGUGACGGUGCGGGGCCACGGCCACCCGGAGCCGAGCCGGGCCUACUUGGAGUACGAUCUGAACGACUACUCGGCGUGGCUGAGGAGGAGGGUCAAGAGCUCGUACAAGUGGGACAGGAUUAGGAGCUGCCUUAGCUCCACCAGCAUGUGUGCCGAGUUGAACCAGAGCUACAGGAUGGCUCAGGAUUUCUUCAAUGCCAGGAUCUCUCCGUUGCAGUCGGGAUGUUGUAAGCCGCCGACGCAGUGUGGGUACACCUUCAUAAACCCAACAUACUGGAUCAGCCCGAUCAACAUGGCGGCGGACAUGGACUGCCUGAACUGGAGCAACGACCAGAACCAGCUCUGUUACAACUGCAACUCGUGCAAAGCUGGGCUGCUUGCGAACCUGAAGAAAGAAUGGAGGAGAGCCGACAUCGUCUUGAUCUUUGCGCUCGUGGCGUUGAUAUGUGUCUAUUUGAUCGGGUGUUGUGCCUUCAGGAACGCCAAGACCGAGGACCUCUUCCGCAGGUACAAGCAAGGUUACACUUAGUGUGUGCCUGUAAGAGAGAGAGAGAAAGAAAGAGAGAUGUUGGAAGUUUUCUGAGGAAUGGAGAUAGGUGAGGAAAGGGUUAAGGGUUUGGAUUGAAUUGGAGGAUUCUUAGUUUGCGGACUCUUUUCUUGUU